GCACACACACACACACACACACACCCUUGGCUGCUUGCUUGUGCCUGUCCUGUUCUGGAGCAGAAAGGGUCCAGUUUGUCCUGCCGGGGAGGAGUUUGGGCCGUGAGUGCUCCUUGCGCUGCGGGAUUGGGCUGGGAGUGCUGGCAUGGAGGGAUCUUGGUACGGUGUCUGUGCAGAGUCCUGCAGAAGCCUGUUGUGCGAACACGCCCCGGGGGUAACUUUGGAAAGCGGCCUGUGGCACCCCCCAGUCGCUGCCCCCGGCAUUUACUCGGCUCUCCAGGGCCGGGAGGCAAACAGCAGCGCAAGAAACGGCCCCCGGCUCGAGCUGGGAAGGGGAUGGUGCAUGCACACGGCAUGCACCUAUGGAGGUGAGAUCGGGCCAUGGCAGCUGGCAAGCUCCUAUUUCUGCAGACAGGUAAGAGCUUGCCCGCUUUGCGCAAGAUUCCCUACCAGCCCUGUGUGGGCAGGAGGGCAGGUUCUAGCAGCGGGAGCUUUGCCGGGACUAGCCCGUCGCAGGGCUGCGGAUCUGGAAUAGGCUGUCUGGCCCUACGGCAGUAAGACCCCCCCCACCCCCAGCGGUGGGCUGUCUAGCUGUGAAUUGGCCCUUUUGGGGGCUGUUCUCUGCCCCACGUGGAGGGGGUGCGAAGUUAGCUGGGUGUUGGGCCCUGCAAACAGUUCAGAGAGCCCAUAGGCCCCUUAGAGAAAUGACUCCUUGGCCCAGGGGAGUGAGGCACUCGGCUCUCCCAGCAGGGCAGACGAUGCUCAGUUCCAAUCCGCCGUGGAGCCCAGUCCGUGCCCCGUCUGGGGGUGGGCAAGGCGUCAUGCCGAUCGCGCUUCCCAGGACACCGCCCUCUGCCGGGCCCUGGAGAUGCCAAACCUCAGAACAGGGCCACUCCGGGCAGCAGCAGGGCCAGCAGCCUGGACCCUCCCCCGCCUGUGGUGCCUCCCCCAGACCUGGCAGGGAGCUCCCCUGGCAAGAGCUCGGUGAGAGAGGCCUCCUGGCACUGGGGGAGGCCGGGGGCACUGGGGGAGAUUUCGCUGAGGUUGACUCCAGAGGGCUGCACGGCUUCAGCCUUUCAUAAAAAGGCUGCUGGCGAGCGCCCACCCCCAGCUCUGCCCAGGCAGGUUUGCCCUGCGAGAUGCUGGGGCGGGGGUUCAAAGCGCUGGUGUCGGAGCACAAGCGCCCUUGGCUUUACUGCUCUUAAGCCCUGUUUCCUAUUGGCAGCUCCUGAGUCGCCUGCUCCCGGGCCAGCACCCCCUCCAGGGCGUUCUCUCCGCUGCUGGCAUUGAACCACUAUGGACCAAACCUCUGUACCAGGGGCUGGGGCUUGGGGCUCUCAAAGCUGCUGCUGCGGCUCUUGUGUUUGUACAGAGAAGAAUAAACAGCGGAGUCCCCCCAGGUACAAUGGCGAAGUCACUGUUCUACAGGCAGGAAAACACGAGUUCCCCUUCGUGUUCCAGCUCCCAGAGACUCUGGCCACCUCCUUUGAAGGAAGGCAUGGGAACGUGCGCUACUGGGUGAAAGCCAAGCUCCACAGACCCUGGUCAGUGGUCAAGAAGGCAAAGAAAGAAUUCACGGUGAUCGAACCGAUUGACAUCAACACCCCAGCUUUGCUGGCUCCUCAGGCAGGUGUGAAGGAGAAGCUGGCCCGUGCCUGGUACUGCAACCGUGGCCAGGUCUCGGUGACAGCCAAGAUAGACCGGAAAGGCUACACGCCAGGUGAGGUCAUCCCCAUCUUUGCUGAAAUUGACAACGGCAGCACCCGCACCGUGGUGCCCAAAGCUGCCAUCAUCCAGAUUCAGACGUUCAUUGCCCGGGGCACCAAGAAGCAGAAGAAGUCGGUGGUGGCCAGCAUUGUGGGCGACGCUGUGGCGGCUGGCAAGAGGGAAGUGUGGCACGGCCGGGCACUGAAGAUCCCCCCGGUGGGCCCAUCCAUCCUGCAGUGCCGCAUCAUCCGCGUGGAAUACGCCCUGAAGGUGUGUGUCGAUAUUCCUGGGACCUCCAAGCUGCUCCUGGAGUUGCCCCUUGUGAUUGGGACGAUCCCGCUGCACCCGUUCGGAAGCCGCACGUCCAGUGUCAGCAGCCAGUACAGCGUCAACCUGGACUGGCUCCGAAUGGUGAUACCGGAGCAGCCUGAGGCUCCCCCCGAAUAUUCCUCGGUCGUGUCCAGUGAAGAGUCUGCGCAGAGCCUGUCCCCGCCCUGCCAGGAUGAGCUGGGCAGUGGCUUGGAAGGCCCUUUCUUUGCCUACAUCCAGGAGUUCCGCUACCGUCCUCCUCCACUCUACUCCGAGGUGGAUCCAAACCCCGCCUCCGACAGCAUCCGGCCACGCUGCAUGACCUGUUGAAGGAGGCACUGAGUGCCGUUGCUGAAUUCAAAUCCUGUGGGGGUGAGAAGCUUGCCGACUCGCAGGACUUCAGCCCCGAGCAUCAGGAACAGUGGCCAAGAGGCGGUCGCGAGGCUGACGUUCCUGUGGUGCUGGGAACCAGUUUCCUCCCUGCCGCUCGAAACUGCCCGUCUUGCCCUAUAGCUGAAAGGAGGAUGUUGGACUUGCUGUGUGGGGUAGGGGCGGCUCCUGAGUGUGGGGCCAGGUGGCAGCGGGAGAGGAGGGUGGAGGGCUAAAUUCUUCUGCAGGGUGCCCAGGAGCAAGCCGAGUUCUGUGCUCCUGCUCCAGCUGACUCCAGUGGAAGGAAACCAGGCUGGGACAUGCUGCUCUGGAUGACCGGAGAGCGUUUGACUCUUGCUCUGGAUAAGGCGGGAGGAUUGCCGUGCUGUUUGUUCACUGGAUUCCUGUCUCCGAGGAAUUAAAUGGGGUUGUGCUCCCCAAGCGGCGGCUCAGCCCCCAUCCGCCAUAGA